AUGGGGGACUCAGCUAAAGUGAGGUUGGUUCGGUGCCCAAAAUGUGAGAAUCUUCUCCCCGAGCUUGCUGAUUACUCUGUUUAUCAGUGUGGUGGUUGUGGUGCUGUUCUAAGAGCUAACAAGAAAAGGCAAGAGGGGGAUACUUUGUCCAUGAAGUCGGACGAAGAAAGGGUUGGAGGAGUUUCUGCUAAAUCAGAUGAUUCAGAUGAUAAAGGAAUAGUUGUUUUGACUGAUGCCUCUGAUACUGAUGUUAAGUCAAGUGAUGGCUCUUUGAGGUUUGAUCUCGGGGAUUUAGAGAAGGAAGAUGUUAAAAUUGCUGAAAUCUGUAGGAAGCAAGCCAAAGAGACGACUGAUAACGGAGCUGUCGAGGAUGGUGUAGGUAUGAGCGUGGAAAGAGAUGAAUUGAGCAAUGCAUUGGGAAGAGAGCAUGGAGAUUUGAAUGCGGAAUUGAGUUCCAUGAGUGAAAGCCGAAGAUCAGGCUGGAUGGCAGAUUGGCAAACUUGGGAGAAUGGUGAAAGGGAGCGGUAUCGAAGACAUCCAAGAAUUGAUGUUGAAGGUAUGAGGUCUUCAACUUCAAAUUAUCCAGAUGAGGGUCCAUCGAAUUACCAUUUGGGUUCUUCUCAUAGGGGUGGGGAACCAUUGAGGAAUACUAAUGACCCAAAUGGGGCAAACAGAGUUCUGUACCUCGAACAAGACCGAGCUGAGCUUCUAAAGAAGCUGGAUGAGCUCAGGGAUCAACUUAGCCGGUCUUGUGAUUUGGUUGAUAAGCCGAAAGAGAAAGCUCCCCUUGAAGCGGGGAUGGUUCCUCCAGAUCCUUAUGGUAGUUCUGACGCUUCAUACCCAGGAGCUUCUUCAGGGACAAAUAGGGCUUCAAUGCAGUACUUUGGACCUGGUAAACAUGUCACAGGACACUCUCAUUUCAAUCACUUUCCUGAGCCAUAUCCCUACACCAAUGGGCGUGAAAUGCCUAUGCCUAGCUUUUCUCCUUCCAUGCAUAAUUCAAACCAUUUUCCUGGAUAUGGGGAUCCUUUUGGAUCCCAAAUGCUCAGUGGACCUCCUCAUCCCUUUCCCAGGCAAUACCAGCAACCAUCUCAUCCAUACUUUUCUGGACAGUAUGCUGAAAACAAUCCUGAUCCUUAUGAGCUUUACCCACAUAGUGCAACAUUUCACCAUCCUACUUGCCCUUGUUUCUAUUGCUAUGACAAACACAGAAGAGCUUCAGUGCCAGUUCCAUCCACUGCUUUUCACAAUAAAAGAUUCCCUGAUUUCCCUAACAAUCCCAUGUUGGCCCAGCCUGAAAAUCCUGGGAUGAUUGGUCCAUAUGAUCACAACAAACCUAGGACUGCAAUUCCUCCACCCUUUCAUGUGUCACAAGCCCAUACAAGACGCCCAAGUGACCAACCCCAUACAAGAUGGCCAAGUGACCUUAACUCUCACAUGGACAGUUUUGCUCAUUCCCGUCCAGAGAGGGUGGUGCUAGCCAGUGGUGGCCGCCGAUGUCUUCCAUUUUCUGGUGGUGCUCCGUUUGUAACAUGCAAUAAUUGCUUUGAACUUCUGCAGCUGCCCAAGAGAGUACUUAUUGGGGAAAAGAAUCAACAGAAAAUGCGCUGCGGGGCUUGUUCUACAGUAAUCGAUUUUUCUGUUUCCAAUAAAAAACUUGUCCUUUCCCAUCAUGCAGAAGCACAGCAAAAUCCAUCAGAGGUUAAUAUUAGCUCGAAUGAGGUGGUCAAAGAUAGUACUUCACAUUCCCAUGGACGUCUCACCCGGGUCUAUGCUCAUUUCUCUUCCGAUGAUUAUGAUAAUUCUGGUUAUGAUUUUCAUUCAAUAGAUAGAGAACCUGUUUUACCGUCCACAGCCCCAAGUUCAACAACAGGCAAGACUCAUGAGAUGCAAAGCUUUCAUUCUUCAUCUCCAAGUACCUCCGAGGAUGACUGCAAUCCAGAAGCUCCAUUUGCUCCAAAAGAAUUCACAAAUUCUAUUCAGCAGCCAACCAAAGCCACUUUUUCUCCUCCACCUCCUGGUUCACCUCUACAGGAGCAUUUUGAAUUCUCAUCUAACAGUCAUGUGAUAAACCGACUUGGGAAGGGAAACCAAAGUAGUCGCUCAGAUCAAGAGAAGGUAAAACCAAAUAAGGUUACGUCGCGACAAAAUUCGUUAAAAGAGACAUCACUAGCAACUGAGAUGGAGGUAUCAUUUAAUGAGUACUCUAACACCGGGGUUUCCCAAGAUUCUUGGGACGCAAACAAAGAAGAAGAUCAGCCAAGAACCAACAAAGGGAGCGAAUCAUUUAUUACCAACUUUAUUAAGAAAAGCUUUAGGGAUUUUUCCAAAUCAAAUCAAACAAAUGAGCAUGGGAGAAGCAAUGUUUCAGUUAAUGGGCAAUUAAUACCGGAUCGUCUGCUUAAGAAGGCUGAAAAGAUGGCGGGAACAGUCCAUCCUGGACAAUAUUGGUAUGAUUUCCGAGCUGGAUUCUGGGGUGUCAUGGGUGGGCCUGGUCUUGGCAUGAUUCCUCCAUUUAUUGAAGAAUUCAAUUAUCCCAUGCCUCAGAACUGUGCUGGUGGAGAUACUGGUAUCUUUGUGAAUGGAAGAGAGCUUCACCAAAAAGAUUUAGAUUUGCUGUCCAGUAGAGGACUUCCCACAACCAGAGAUAGAUCUUACAUCAUAGAGAUCUCGGGGAGAGUCCUAGAUGAGGACACCGGUGAAGAGCUUGAUUGUCUUGGCAAGCUUGCCCCAACGGUUGAGAAGGUAAAAAGGGGAUUUGGCAUGAAGCUUCCAAGAGCUGCUGCAUAA